AUGGAGCUUCUUCAAGAAAUUCUUUGUGGUAAAAACCCUGAUUUGGCUUUACGUGAAUGGAGCCAAGAAAACGCUUCCCAGCUUGAUUUAAAAACUAGGGUCCAGUCAUUAGUCCAAAACUUGCCAAACUCUUCUGAAGAAAUAAUCGAGGUAAUAAAAGAUCCUUUAUUUUCGCUUGACAUUGCCCCAAACCUAAUACAAAGUUCAAUUGACAACAAUCUUUUGGCAGUAAUAGAAGCAAUUAUAAUAAAUAGAGGAUGCCAUAUAAAUUCUGAUGAUCUUGGAAGGUUAUUCAUUUAUUUGCUCAGCUCUCAAUUAGCAUUUAAUCAUACAACUAAAGCAAAUUUUAAAGUCAUAAAAAGUGAAGCAGAAAGGCAAGGGCUUUCAUUAUUAAAGAAAGAGAAAUACAGAUAUUAUAUGCUAGGACUCUUAAUUUCAAACACAAAAUCAUAUCCUAAAAUGGAAACUUGUCCAGAAAACUCACUUACUUUUUUCAAUUUUGUUUUGAAGUAUUUAUUAUAUCACACAAAUGCAUCUUCAAAUUUACCGGAUUCAGAGAGAUUUCUUCAAUUUUUGAGUGCUUCUUUAAAUUAUAUUGAAGAGACAUCGAAUUUAGAGGAAACAUUGGAACUGAUAAAUGAGCAUAUAUUAUUUAAAGAAAAGUUGAAUGAAGCUUUGUCAGUUAUAGAAACACAGCCACACUUAUUGCCUGUAAAGCCGCUUAGCAAGCUUAAUAGAGUGACACUUAAAUAA